CGCUGUGGGCAUAGAAUCAGCUCAGUCGAUAACAGCGCAAUCCCUUACCGUGCCUAUUACAGGUUAUGGUACGCAUGGUUUGAGGGAGUUUGACGUGAUAACAUCGCAAGUUCGAAAAAAGCGAUGCCGUUGAUAGUGAUGACGGGGAUACCGUCGAGCGGAAAAUCGUCAAGAGCCUUAGAACUGAAAGGAUACUUGGAAAAAAAUCACAGCAAAAAUGUUGAAAUAGUUAGUGAAUUGGACGCAAUAGUGAAGGCUGGUUACGACAAGAAUACUUUCUAUGCAGACUCGCGGAAGGAGAAAAGCAUCCGUGGCGAUCUCAAGUCUGAGGUGCAAAGGCGACUGAAUCCAAAUGACACUUUAAUUCUGGAUGGUAGUAACUACAUAAAGGGAUAUCGAUAUGAAUUGCACUGUAUGUCGAAACUUUACAAAACCCCUCAGUGCACUAUCCACUGUGAAAUCCCUGCUGAGCACGCUUGGAUGUUGAACGAUCGUCGAGACGAGGAGCAUAAAUAUACUAGAGAAAUAUUUGAUGCUCUGGUAGCUAGGUACGAGGCACCGGAUAGCAGAAAUCGCUGGGAUUCUCCGUUAUUUGCUGUGUCUCCAGAAGAUGAAUUGAAACACGAGGAAAUUUACGCUGCUCUGUACAAUGUGAAGGCUCCAAAACCAAACAUGAGCACUCAGUGCCCUCCUCUUUCGUCUACCAAUUAUUUGUAUGAAUUGGACAAAGUAACACAGGAAAUUGUUAGCGCUAUUUUAUCAGCAAAGCAAACUCUUGGUAUUGAAAGCAACAUAAAAAUCCCAGGUUACGGAUUGACAGUCAAUCGUUCUGGAACUGGACCACAGUUGACCAGGCUUAGGAGGCAGUUCUUGACCUACAGUAAAAUGCAGCAAAGCGAGCCUAGUCAAAUAGCACCUUUAUUUGUACAAUAUUUGAAUAAAAGUUUGUAGGUAUAUUUUA